GCACUCACGCCCCCCGCGUCUAUCUGCUGCCCUGCUGCAUAUAUACAGGCGGAUCAUAUCACAGGCCCAUCCAACGCCACUCCAUCCGGAGCUAGCUACUCCUACUAGCUAGCGCACGCCACGGUUCAGAGAGCUAGCCAUGGCCCCGCACCGCCGCUGCGCCCGCACCCUGCUCCUCCUCGUGGCUGCCGCCGUCGCCUCCGCCGCGCGCGACCUCGACGCCGCAAACCCGCUCCCUGCGCCGGCCGCCGGAAACAAGCCCGACCCUGCUUACCACGGAGGCUACGGCGGCGCCAUCCCGGGCAUCCCGCCCGGCGGCUUCUACGGCGCCGGCCCGGGCAACAACGGCGGCGGCGGCGGGUGGGGCGCGGGGUACGGCGGCCCCGGCGGCGGCGGAGGGUACGCGCACGGCGGCGUGGAGGUGCCGACGGUGGUGUGCCAGGAGAAGGGCCCCUGCUACGGCAAGAAGGUGGCGUGCCCCAAGCGGUGCUUCUGGUCAUACAGCCGCUCCGGCAACGGCUACGGCGCGGGCGGAGGCGGCGGCUCGUGCGCCGUCGACUGCAAGGCCAAGUGCACCGCCACCUGCUGACUGCCUCACCUCACUCAUUGCUACCCACUGAUCAAUCGAGAUAUAUAGCUGCAUGCUCAAGCAGGUCUACAUAUCGGAGUACUAUAGUAUAUAAUAAGUCGUUACUAUAUAUGAUGUACUUUCACCAUGCAUAUUGUACUAUGUGAGAUGCUAAUGUAAGCAUUAGCAUAUUGUACUAUGUGUACUCCUAAUCAAAUAAGUUGACAUCAUGUUGCUUAA